CCCGAGUGAACUCUCGACGGAGGGCAACGUCUACGGUGAAUGUAGUUCAUCUCGAAUUAGGGGCAGAAACUGGACCCAGACGACUGAGAGGAGUUUGACAGCUUCACAUAUACUACAGUAUCAGUCAGCGUCCACAGAUAACACUGGUAUCAUUUGUUCGCGUUACUCCAUAAAGCGCGCGCAGUGAUCAGCAGUGCGUGUUUUCAAUCGUUAACUGCGCAAUAAGCCCAGCUCGCAGAUGCGUCCUGGAGAGCUUCAACGUCGUCUUCUCUGACUGACUUUUCAGUGCACAUUAUUAAUAAAGAAAAUGGCUAUGGAGUUAGACGUGUUUGUGGGGAACACCACUGUCCUGGAUGAAGACGUGUAUCAGCUGUGGCUGGAUGGACACUCAGUCACAGAUGCGGUGAGGAUACGGAUGGAAGCAGGUGCCUUGCAGGAGCGUGAAGCCAAUGCAGAGGUUCUGCACAGCGACACCAUGGACCAGUUCAGAACAUUCCAGAUGUGUGAGCGGCUCCUCCAGUCUCCUUCCAAAGUGGCCAAUCAGCUUCUGUUCCAGAUCCCUCCUCACCGGCAGACCAUGCUCAUCGAGAGGUACUAUGUGUUUGAUAGCUCGUUUGCCAGGGAGGUGCUGGGUAAGAAACUCUCCAAAGGGACCAAAAAAGACUUGGACGACAUCAGUUCAAAGACUGGGAUUGCGCUCAAGAGCUGUCGUCGACAGUUUGACAAUUUCAAGCGCGUGUUCAAAGUGGUGGAAGAGCUGAAAGGCCCUCUGGUGGAGAACAUCCAGCGUCACUUUCUCCUGUCUGAUGUUCUGGCAAGGGACUAUGCUGCCAUUGUGUUCUUUGCUAACAGCCGUUUUGAGACGGGAAAGAGAAAGCUACAAUACCUGUCUUUCCAGGACUUUGCCUUUUGCGCUGGUCAGCUCAUCAGCUACUGGACUGUAGGAGCAGUCGACAGCGUGAUGGAAGACAUGGAUGUUGAUCUAGAAAAAGAGUUCCUGCAUGAUUUGAAAGACUUGAAAGUUUUGGUUACUGAUAAGGACAUGCUGGACCAACACAAAAGCUUGGUGUGUGCACAGCUCAGAGGGAAAAUUAAAGUCUUCAGUGAGAUGGAGGCCAAUUUUAAGAACUUGUCGAGAGCUCUAGUUAACAUCGCCUCAAAACUCACACACACCAAAGAUGUCCGCGAUCUGUUCAUCGACCUUGUGGAAAAGUUCAUUGAACCGUGCCGGUCAGAUAAAUGGACAAUCGGAGAUCUCAGACUUUUCCUCACACAUUACAGCACAACUGUACACACGCUUGAGGCUUUCAGGCAUCUAGUAAUAUGGGACAGAUACAUGGGUGUCAUCAAAAGCUGCAUCCUGAAAAUGUACCAUGACUAGAACAUAUUUCCAUCACUGGUUUCCAGUUUGCUUGACCAAAACUUUCUUCAAACCUUUAAAAAAAACAGUCACCCUUUUUUUCGUAAAUGAUGCUACCUCAGUUUCCUUUGUAUAUCAAAGUAUUCUUGUACAGUAGGUUUAACUUAAAUAAAUAAAAAAGUGUUGUCCAAA